GAAUGGAGGAAUUGCUCUGUGAUGCAGCCAUGAGAGGGGAUCUAGAAUCACUACAUUAAAUAAUUGCAAGGGACAAUUACAUUCUGGAUAAAGCUUUGGUGGGAAGUUUCAAAGGGAAAAAUCCGCUUCACCUGGCCACGUCAACAGGGCAAGCAGAAUUUGUUCUAAAACUUCUGGAAAUUAAACCGAAGCUUGCUGAAGUUAUAGAUACGGAACUAGGUGCGGCUCUUCACAUAGCCUCCGCUAAUGGGGACGUAAAGAUUGUGGAAGCUUUAGUGGAGCUUAGCCCUGAGAUGUGCAUGACUCGUGAUCGAGAUGGUAAUAACCCUCUUCAUAUCGCUGCGAUGAAAGGUAAGGUCGAUGUAUUGGAAAAGUUGGUUGAAACCUGCCCCCGCGCAGCUCAAGUUAUCUUAGAUCGAGGUGACACUAUUUUACACUUGUGUGUAAACUAUAAUCAACCCGAGAGUCUCCAACUAUUACUUGAGAUGAUUAGAGAUCCCGAAUUUGCAGAAUCUAAGGAUGCCAAUGGCAACACCCUAUUACACAUAGCUGUUUUCGGUAAACGUUUUGAGAUUGUCAAACAUGUACUUAUCCAUACCGAAAUUUAUGUGAAUGCAAUAAAUGGAGCUGGGUGGACUGCGAUGGAUAUUUAUUUCUUUGUUCAAAAUCGUCCACAUCAGAAAGAAGUGGAUGUUCGUAUUGAAAAUUUUCUACGUGCAACUGGGGCUAAAAGAUGUAGACAGAUGGCACUGAUGAUUCCGUCUCCAAGGGGGAAGAAAUUAAUGCAGACAUUAAUGGUUGUAUCAUCCCCGUAUGCGACUAUGGCAUUCCAAGUGGGAGUGAACCCUCCAGGCGGUGUUUGGCAAGACAAUUUUAAAGAACACAUAGCCGGAAAAGCUAUAAUUGCUUAUAAAUAUCCGAAAUCAUAUUCAUGCUUCAUGUAUUUCAACACGGUAGGAUUCCUUCUGUCUUCGUCUUUAAUCUUGUUUCUCCUAAUGGCUUCUGUGCAACUGCGCCCAAAACGUCGUAGGGGGUGGGUUAUACUUGGGCUGCCGGUUCAUGACCACGGCGUUCGCUUAUACAUAUUCCGUCAUUGUCGUCUCACCGAAGCAUAUGAUGGCCGUAACCAAUACCAUUUCGGUUUCUGUGAUCGUGUGGGCCUAGCUUUGUGAUGUUACUUUUUGCCGUAGCGGCAGUGGCUACCCAUGAGCUUGGGAGACCAAAGAUAGGCAGAGAUGACUUCCAAAUGCAGUUGGCGAGAACGUGUCAAGUGUUUGAUCUCUCUCUCUCUCUAACUCUAGGUGACCGAUACCACCGCCCACUUACGAAAAUCCUAAUUAAAGCCAAAACAUCUAUAUGAAGCUUCAUUAUGGGGACGUGUUAUCGGACACUUUUUUUUUCAUACUUUGUGGUUAUGCUGCAAAUUUAUGUUAUUCAGUGUCAUGUAUUUAUGUUAUGCGUAUCAUGAAUGGAUACAAGAGACAUGUGUGGUUCAUGGGAUAA